ACGACCACGCCCACUCACCCGCCCACUAGAGGCUCCGCCCCGCGGCAUGACCGGAAGUGAGCGGGGCCCCCAAGAUGGCGCCCGAAACCCGGAAGUGAGCGCGGCUGAGGCGAAGCUCGGAGAGACGGAGGCGCCGCGGGCUCCGCGCCCGGCCGGACCCAGGACGGAGGUCAUGAUGCCGCCGCCCAGGAGCAAGAAGCCCAGAUAGACGCCUCGGCGGCCUGGGUCGUGGAGCCGCCCGAUGCUGGCAGUGGGGCCCGCCAUGGACGGCGAGUUUCCUCAGCACGAACCCCCGCCAGCGGGCGGCAUCCUGUACAGCCCGCCGCCGCUGCAGACCCCGCUGUGCGGGUCCGGCGUCCAGAACACCAUGCUGCACUACCCGUGGUGGAGCUCCUUCUCGCCCACGCCGUACCCAGCCUUCUCCAGCGAAAGCCACCAGUUCAUGAACUCCACCUCCUUCAUCGUCAGCCAGCCCUGCGCGGACACCAGCUGCGGACCUUCCGCCGCCACCCCCAGCUUCCUGCCAAAGACAGGCGACUUUCCUCAGGACUCCACGUACCUCGACGACCUCUCCAACGCCUCCAUCUUCUCCUCGUCCGUGGACUCCCUCUCAGACAUCGCGGACACACCCGACUUCCUGCCGGCUGACAGCCUCAGCCAGGUGCCCACCAUCUGGGAUGUGAGCACUGGCCCCUCCGCCCAGGACAAGCUGCUCCUGCCCCACGGGCCGUGGACGGGCGUCGAGGACCCCGUGUCCUCUCUCUCCAGCACCCCGCUCCUCGUCAGCUACCGGUCUCAGAGUCAGCCUGAGGAGGAGGAGGAGGCAGAGGAGGAGGAGGGGGACGAGCUGGGCCACGCAGAGACCUACGCCGACUACGUGCCCUCCAAAUCCAAGAUCGGGAAGCAGCACCCUGACCGCGUGGUGGAGACCAGCACGCUGUCCAGUGUCCCACCACCAGACAUCACCUACACCCUUGCCCUGCCCGCCUCGGACAGCGGGGCCCUGUCUGCCCUGCAGCUGGAGGCCAUCACCUACGCCUGCCAGCAACACGAGGUCCUGCUCCCCAGCGGGCAGCGGGCCGGCUUCCUCAUUGGCGACGGUGCGGGCGUCGGCAAGGGGCGCACGGUGGCUGGCAUCAUCCUGGAGAAUUUCCUGCGGGGCCGGAAGAAGUCACUGUGGUUCAGUGUCUCCAACGAUCUCAAGUAUGACGCGGAGCGCGACCUUCGGGACAUCGAGGCCCCCGGCAUCGCGGUGCACGCGCUGAGCAAGAUCAAGUACGGCGACAACACUACCUCAGAGGGCGUCCUCUUUGCCACCUACUCCGCCCUGAUCGGGGAGAGCCAGGCGGGCGGGCAGCACCGUACGCGCAUCCGCCAGAUCUUGGAGUGGUGCGGGGAGGCCUUCGACGGAGUCAUCGUGUUUGAUGAGUGUCACAAAGCCAAGAACGCCAGCUCCACGAAGAUGGGCAAGGCUGUCCUGGAUCUGCAGAACAAGCUGCCCCUGGCCAGGGUGGUCUACGCCAGCGCCACAGGUGCCUCUGAGCCCCGGAACAUGAUCUACAUGAGCCGCCUGGGCAUCUGGGGGGACGGCACGCCCUUCCGAACCUUCGAGGAGUUUCUGCAUGCCAUCGAGAAGAGGGGCGUGGGCGCCAUGGAGAUCGUGGCCAUGGACAUGAAAGUCAGCGGCAUGUACAUCGCACGCCAGCUCAGCUUCUCCGGCGUCACCUUCCGCAUCGAGGAGAUCCCGCUGGCCCCAGCCUUCGAGCGCGUCUACAACCGCGCGGCCCUGCUGUGGGCCGAGGCCCUGGGCGUGUUCCAGCAGGCCGCCGACUGGAUUGGCCUGGAGUCCCGCAAGUCCCUGUGGGGCCAGUUCUGGUCGGCCCACCAGCGCUUCUUCAAGUAUCUCUGUGUGGCCGCCAAAGUGCACCGGCUGGUGGAGCUGGCCCGGGAGGAGCUGGCCCGGGACAAGUGUGUGGUCAUCGGGCUGCAGUCCACGGGUGAGGCUCGGACCCGGGAGGUGCUGGACCAGAAGGACGGGCAGCUCGAUUGCUUUGUCUCCGCCGCUGAGGGUGUCUUUUUGUCACUAAUUCAGAAGCACUUUCCUUCAACCAAAAGAAAGCGAGAGAGGGGAGUUGGCAGUAAGAGAAAACGGCGGCCACGGGGCCGUGGGGCCAAGGCGCCCAGGCUGGUGUGCGAGGUGGCAGGCGUGAUCCGGAUCAGUGACGACAGCAGCACCGAGUCAGAUGCCGGCCUGGACAGUGACUUCCACUCCUCCCCUGAGUCCGUGCUGGAUGACGACGUAGUCAUUCUGGACGCCAUCGGGCUGCCGGCCGAUGACCGCGGGCCCCUGUGCCCCUUGCAGCGAGACCCACACGGCCCCGGUGUCCUGGAGCGUGUGGAGCGGCUGAGGCAGGACCUCCUGGCCAAGGUGCGGGCGCUGGGCCGGGAGCUGCCCGUCAACACUCUGGACGAGCUCAUCGACCAGCUUGGGGGCCCCGAGCACGUGGCUGAGAUGACUGGCAGGAAGGGCCGUGUGGUGUCCAGGCCCGACGGGACAGUGGCCUUUGAGUCUCGGGCAGAGCAAGGCCUCUCCAUCGACCACGUGAACCUCAGGGAGAAGGAGCGCUUCAUGAGUGGGGAGAAGCUCGUGGCCAUCAUCUCCGAGGCCUCCAGCUCUGGCAUCUCCCUCCAAGCGGACCGCCGCGUCCAGAACCAGCGACGCCGGGUCCACAUGACACUGGAGCUGCCCUGGAGCGCGGACCGGGCCAUCCAGCAGUUCGGCCGGACCCACAGGUCCAACCAGGUCUCUGCCCCCGAGUACGUCUUCCUCAUCUCCGAGCUGGCCGGGGAGCGAAGGUUCGCCUCCAUCGUCGCCAAGCGGCUGGAGAGCCUGGGGGCUCUGACCCAUGGGGACCGCCGCGCCACUGAGUCCCGUGACCUGAGCAAGUACAACUUUGAGAACAAGUACGGCGCCCGGGCCCUCAGCUGUGUCCUCACCACCAUCCUGAGCCAGACUGAGAACAAGGUGCCGCUGCCCCAGGGCUACCCCGGAGGAGAUGCCGCCUUUUUCCGGGAUAUGAAGCAGGGCCUGCUGUCGGUUGGCAUUGGUGGGCGUGAGUCCCGGUCUGGCUGUCUGGAUGUGGAGAAGGACUGUUCCAUCACCAAGUUCCUGAGCACCCCCCACCCCCCAGACUGCUCCAUCACCAAGUUCCUGAACCGCAUCCUGGGGCUAGAGGUGCACAAGCAGAACGCGCUGUUCCAGUAUUUCUCCGACACCUUCGACCACCUCAUCGAUGUGGACAAGAAGGAGGGCAAAUACGACAUGGGCAUCCUGGACCUGGCUCCAGGCGUCGAUGAGAUCUAUGAGGAGAGCCAGCAGGUGUUCCUUGCCCCUGGGCACCCACAGGAUGGGCAGGUGGUCUUCUAUAAGAUCAGCGUGGACCGCGGCCUGAAAUGGGACGAGGCUUACGCCAAGUCCCUGGAGCUGACGGGCCCCCACGACGGCUUCUACCUCUCCUACAAGGUCCGGGACAACAAGCCCAGCUGCCUCCUGGCGGAGCAGAACCGCGGCAAGCACUUCACGGUGUACAAGCCUAACGUGGGCCGGCAGAGCCAGCUGGAGACCUUCGACAGCCUGUGCCGGAAGUUCCACUGGGUGACGGCGGAGGAGGCCAGGGAGCACUGGGAGAACAGCUACGCCUUCUCGCUGACGCACUGCAGCCACGCCGCAUGGAACCGGCACUGCCGGCUGGUGCAGGAGGGCAAGGACUGCGUGCAGGGCCUGCGGCUGCGGCACCACUACAUGCUGUGCGGGGCCCUGCUGCGCGUGUGGGGCCGCAUCGCCGCCGUCAUGGCCGACGUCACCAGCAGCAGCUACCUGCAGAUCGUGCGCCUCAAGACCAAGGACCAGAAGAAGCAAGUCGGCAUCAAGAUCCCCGAGGGCUGCGUGCGCCGCGUGCUGCAGGAGCUACAGCUCAUGGACGACGACGUCAAGCGCAAGCACGCGCGGGGCCGGGGCCUCCCCGUGCCGCCGCCGCCGCCGCCGCCGCCGCCCGCCCUGCGCCCACUCGAGCUGCCUUGCGGCCCCGGCGAGGUCCUGGACCUCACCUACAGCCCGCCGGCCCAGGCCUUCCCGCAGCCCCCGCCCUUUGCCUUCCCGCCCCCCGACCCCGUGCCGGCCCCCGGCGGCCUGCCCCUGGGCGCCCCGGACUCCGCAGCCGACGCCGCCGCCGCGGCCUUGGCACACCAGCGCCGUGACAUCAACUUCAAGGAGGUGCUGGAGGACAUGCUGCGCUCCCUCAACGCCGGGCCUGGCGCCGGGGCGGCCGGAGCGCCCGCGGGGAGCGGGGGGCCCGAGCGGCAGAGCGUCAUCCAGUUCGGCCCCCCCUUUCCCAGCUCGUAGGCCCGGCAAGCGGCCCACAGCCGGCGUCCCAGGGGAAACUUACUUAUCUGCAAUACGCACGUCUCCGUGGACUCGAACUUCUCUCCUGCCGGCCUGGGUGGCGGGCGGGUGGUGAGCCGGGGCCCAGGGCCCCCCUGCUGACUUCCGGGGAGGGGCUGCUGUGCCCCCCCCGCCCCCCCCCCCCCCCCAGCUUCCGGAGGCCUCCACUGUAGUGCCUUCCCUACCGGGCAGACCCCUCAAGAUGCUGCCCGCCCUUUGGGGCCCUCCCAGGCAGCGCAGGUCCCACUCAGGAUGUCGCGGGGUCCAGGCUUGGGCAGGGCCCGGGGGUGAGGGGCACACCCUGCCCGUGCCUCUGCCCUCUCCUGCCCUCCAGGCCUAGGCAGGAGCUCCCCAUCCCACCUCACCCCACCCACCCUCAGGGCCUGGUCUGACCAGAAACCCCUGAAAUCCACAAAACCGGGUGGCCCCAAGAGCUGGAAACUCAGGAAACCCCAGGUGCUCAGGGCCCUGCCUUCUCUGGGGGACUCCAUGGGACAGGCCCCACCCCCAUUAAUAUAUGCAAUUCUUCCCCACUCUCUCUGCUCCCUAAAUUAUUGCCCUGCCCUCUCUCCCAGGCCCCAGAACCUGCCGUGGAGCUGGCGGUGUGGGUGGGUCCCUGGUUUCUAUGUGUAUUUAUAAUUAAUGCAGGUGUACAUAUGUAAAGAGAUCUUUUUUUAAAUAUAUGUGCCUUUUCACUA